AUGGCAGCUGCCACUGUCUCCCAACGCCAUACCGCCACAGUCUCUCUUAACACAUGCUCCGUUCAACAACCACGAGCCACUGCCCAAAGACUUCACAUCAUUUUUCACUUGAUAGCCACAUUAGCCAUCUUGUACUAUAGAUUCACCAACCUAAUACAUGGUGAUGUACCCACCUUACCAUGGGCUCUAGUUACUUCGGCCGAAGUUAUCUUUGCCUUCGUUUGGUUCUUAACACAAGCCUUUCGAUGGCGUCCAGUGGCUAGGGAGGUUUCACUUCAAAACCUCCCUGAUGACAAUGAGUUGCCUAAAGUGGACGUGUUCAUAUGCACUGCAGACCCUAGUAAGGAGCCUACGUUGGAGGUUAUGAACACGGUAUUGUCUGCUAUGGGACUUGAUUACCCAUCAGACAAACUAUCAGUUUAUUUGUCUGAUGAUGGUGGCGCGCCUUCAACGCUUUAUGCUAUCAAGGAAGCAUAUUCUUUUGCAAAGAGCUGGUUACCUUUUUGUAGAAAGUAUGGGAUCAAAAGUAGGUGCCCAGACUCAUUUUUCUCUACAUAUGGACAUGAUGAGUUACUUUUUAGAAGUGAUGAAUUUGAAGUAGAUGAAGAGAACAUGAAGUUAGCAUACGAACAAUUCAAAGACGACGUAGAACGAAGAACCAAUGGAGCUUCUUCUAUAAACGAUCGGCCACCAUGUGUGGAGAUAAUACACGACAACCAAAAGAGUGGGGAUGAUGAAGUUCAAAUGCCUCUGCUUGUCUAUGUAUCACGGGAAAGAAGACCUUCUCUUCCUCAUCGUUUCAAAGCCGGAGCUUUAAACACUCUUCUUCGAGUUUCUGGAGUUUUGAGCAACGCUCCAUACAUGCUUGUGCUGGAUUGUGACAUGUAUUGCAAUGAACCUGCAUCUGCAAAACAGGCAAUGUGUUUCCACCUUGAUCCAAAGCUCUCAAGUUCGCUUGCAUUCGUCCAAUUCCCUCAAAUCUUCUAUAACGUAAGCCAAAAAGAUAUCUACGACGGUCAAGCAAGAUCAGCAUACAGGACAAAAUAUCAAGGGAUGGACGGGAUUGGGGGCACGAUUUGUUCAGGAACAGGUUAUUACUUGAGGAAAAAAGCGUUGUACGAAUCUCCUAAUCAACAAGAUGAACAUCUUGUGCGUCCAAUGGAGAGCUUUGGUCAGUCUACCAAGUUCAUAGAGUCAUUAAAAAAGGAAGAUAGUCAAACAGAACUAUUCCCAACGGUCAUUAUAGAAGAAACUAAGAAGCUUGCUUCCUGCUCGUAUGAAGAUAAUACCAAAUGGGGCAAACAAAUUGGUUACUCAUAUGAUUCAUUACUAGAGAGCAGUUUCACCGGUUAUUUGCUGCACACAAAAGGAUGGAAAUCUGUUUAUCUAUACCCAAAAAGGCCCUGUUUCUUGGGUUGCACCACCAUUGACAUGAAAGACGCCUUGGUUCAGCUCAUGAAAUGGUCGUCAGGUUUGCUUCAAGUUGGUCUAUCCAGGUUCAACCCUCUUGUGUAUGGGGCAUCUAGAAUGACAAUCUUUCAAAGUAUGUGUUAUGCCUACUUCAUGUACACUCCAAUUUUGUCAAUUGCAUCUCUGCUUUAUGGAACCAUACCACCAUUGUGCCUUCUUAAUGGCGUCUCAUUGUACCCCACGGCAUCAAAUCCAUGGUUUAAAGUGUUUGCUGCGGUUUAUGUAUCUUCACUUUUGCAACAUUUAUACGAAGUAUUGUCAUCCGACGGAUCAUUUGUGACAUGGUGGAAUGAACAAAGAAUCUAUUUCAUAAAAUGCGUUAGUGCAUUGCUAUUUGGUUGUCUUGAUGUAGCGAUGAAGUCAUUUGGCGUUGCCAAAGCUAAUUUCAGAUUGACAAACAAAGUGGUGGAUCAAGAGAAACUCGCGAAAUAUGAGAAAGGUACCUUUGAUCUUGAAGGUGCAAAGAUGUUCAUGAUACCGUUGACAGUCAUGGUUUUGUUGAAUGUUGUAUGCUUUGUUGGUGGUGUCAAGGGAGUAAUAAGCAAUGGCAAUCUUGAUGAGAUGUUUGGGCAGCUAUUCAUGUCAUGGACAACUCUGCUAUUCAGUUAUCCGAUCCUUAAGGGGCUUGUACCAAACAAGACCAAAAGUAAGAAGAUUAAGAAUUAA